GUGAGAACAUAGAGAAAGAGUUAAAACAAAUAUAUCUUGAGGAAAAUGAAAGGUGAUUUUCUCACAUUGGCUCUUAUAUCUUUACUAUUGGCUAUCUCAUUUGUUCAUGGAGGAGGAGAGUCUGGAACCCCUGCUUAUUCGGCGGUCAGCCAGAAUAGUCCGACCGGAGGGUCUAGCGGUGCAAGUGGUUCGGCUCAUGGACCUAAUUGGGAAUAUGAUUGGGGAUGGGGAUCAACACCAGAAGGUGGUUAUGGCUAUGGUUCAGGUUCAGGUUCAGGUUCAACACCUGAUGGAGGAAAAGGGACCGGGUUUGGGUUUGGUUCUGGUUCAGGAGCUGGGGUUGGGUUUGUCUCAGGAGGAGGAGGAGCCACAGGCGGUGGCUCUGGCCAUGGUAGUGGGACCGGACAAGCAAAUGAAGGUGGUGGCUCAGGGGGUGGAAAUGGUGCAGCUUCUCCAGGUCGUAGAGAAAGGAGCCAACACCGUUAAGCAUUUCGUGUUACCUCUUUAACACAUCUAUAAAUAAGACUGGAAAAGAAAACUAAAAGUAUUAUUAUUGUAUUGUAUGAAUACUACAAGCUUGAUGCAUAAAUAAGGAUCAAACGAAUAAUUAAAACA